ACAGGUUCGCGAAAUUCUGUUUGAUGCGUCACAGUCAUCCUGAGAGAAGAAUAUUUUACACCGUCCCACCAGACCAAGAGCAGGGAGCAAGAGAAGGACAAACAAUAUACACAGGGCAUGCCACACGCAACCAACAUGCCAUACGCCGGGUUCCAGGCCUUUAUCCUGUGCGGCCCCGGCCUGUCACUCAACACCUUCACCUCGAAUGUCGCAGACUACCCCAAGGCUCUCGUACCCAUUGCCAACCGUCCCAUGGUAUGGUACCCUCUGGAUUGGUGCUACCGUAUGGGCGUCACAAACAUCACCCUGAUCACACCCCCCGAAAGCGCUGCUCCUUUGGAAUCCGCCCUCGCCCAAAAUCCUCACCUCACAAGUCUGCCUGCGCCCAAGCCCGAAUUGCUUUGCCCCGAAUCGCUCACACAAACCACUGGAACCGCCGAAAUUUUCCGUACACCCGAAGUUCAGAAAGCCAUUACAUCCGACUUUAUCGUUCUACCUUGCGAUUUGAUUUGCGAUCUGGAGGGCUCUGCUCUGUUGCAGUCAUGGAUGGUGCUCGAGGCUGGUCUCGGUGGUGCUACUGGCGGUAUCGUGGAUGGACAGGCUGUGCGCAUGACUAUGGGUGGUGAGAAGAGCGGUCGCAGAGGAGGUUUGGCUGUGUGGUACCCUACGAAAGGCCUCGAGGGAGUCAGUCAGAAGGGCGAUGAAACAGACUUGGUCGCAACAACUCCCUUACCACGUCCUGCCGUGCCCGCACCCGAGGGUCACUUACGACCCCACGUCGAGAAGCUCGUUCUGAGCAUCCCCACCAGUACGGUCAAGGACAUUACAGAAGAACAAAAGAGCUUCCCUUUGCGCCAUGCUCUACUACGCCAACACGGAAAGAUCAAGAUCAAGACUUCGCACAGAGACGCACAUGUUUACUUCUUGCCAUUCUGGGUCAAGGACAUGAUCAAGGAGAAUGAGGCUUUCGAUUCGCUCUCCGAAGAUGUCAUUGGAUGGUGGGCAAAGGCUGGAUGGCAGCAAGGUCUCGCUGAAAAGCUGAACCUACGUAAAGUGCUAAACGACACCCCUUCAACACCGGACGCCGACGAUUUGAUGAUGGCAAGCAGUAUGCAGCUCGACGAGGAAGUCGAUUUGGCUGCCAUGAGCACGACAUCAAUGAGCCAACCCAUCGCUUCUUCCGUCAAUCAAUCAGCAGAUGCUUUCGCCUCGCGCGUGCCUGGAAACCUCCAAACAGACAACUCUCCUCAAGAUCCUCUAGUAGUCCCUCCGAUCUUGGCCUAUGUCCAGCCUCCUCUUACAGACGCCACCAACCAGCCCCUGAUCCGCCGCGUCGACACCUCAUCCCUCCUCCUCAGCAUCUCUCUUCGCCUAGCAAAACUCCCAUCUGUCGCCGAAGCUGCCGCUACCGGCGCUACUCCCUCACCUUUCGCACACAACGCAAAGGUUGCACAUCCAGACAUGAUUCAACAACAAACACGUGUGAGUGAGGUCGACUCUUUGGUCGCCGAGAACGUCACAAUCGGCAGCAGAGUCAACAUCAAGGAAUCUGUCAUUGGUGUAGGAUGCAGCAUUGGCAAUGGCGCAAGGUUGACGAGGUGUCUGCUGAUGGAAGGCUGUACGGUAGGAGAAAAUGUCACACUCACCGGUUGUAUCGUGGGCAAGCGAUGCAAAAUUGAAGGCGGAGGUCCAAAGGAUGAAGACAAGACUCGUCUGACAGAUUGCGAGGUUCAGCCUGGCUAUGUUGUCAAGUGGGGAACUGAAAUCAAGAACGAAAAGUUCAUGGUAUUCGAGGGUCUUGGUGAGGAUGGUAGCGAUAUGGAUAUGGACGAUGAGGACAUGGUAUCAGGAGAUGACGACGGCACCUUUGCAUAG